GAUAYUGGUACCACCAGGCYCGGUGGAGRCCCAUGUCUGGGGAAGGGCCCUGGAUCACAGUCAUGCUCAACUACGACGGGGGAGAUGAAGUGAAGAUGAAGAUUAACGUGGAAGGGGCAAAAGAAGUGGAGAUGCGGACGGACGGAAAACUACAGGAUGCGAUAACGGAGGCAAAAGACUGUGCGGAGAGGCGUUGCAGGAGGGACGGAGUGACUGCAAGGUUGCAGGUAACGGUCUCGUAUCAUGAGACCGAGACCUCAAUGGACACAGCGGACCUGGAACAGGCCCACGUGGACAGGGACUCAGGCGGUGAGAGUGAAAUGGGCGAAGCGGGAGACCGGGAGACAGAUCUCAGGUCCUGGAAUAGACCAGGCGAGAUCCAGAGGCAUCACCGGGCCGUGAGGCCGGUUGAAGAGGGACCUGAGAUCUCUGCACCAAGACUAGACUCGGAGAAGGAUGAUGGGAUGAAGAAGGACAGGAGUUAUCUUAUGAGAUGGAGGGAAGCGUGGGCAAGGGAUAUAUUCAGAGACAGAAACCCCGGGGAUCCAGGGUUCACAUGGUUUGGGAACCCAGUCACUGCCCCAAACACGAAGAGGAGACUCGAUUAUUUUUUGUUGUCAGAGGAAGCCAGCAAGCUAACUAUAAAGGUGGAAACUCAGAGCGCUUCACUGUCGGACCAUAAGCCAGUAGUGAUGGACAUAUCCCUGGGGCAGAAGAUAGAACGAGGGUCGGGGCUGUUCAGGCUGAAUGUGCAGAACUUGGAGGAUGAUGGUUGGAAGCAGUGGUUUGCAGUCUUUUGGAGCUCAUGGAGAGAGUCGCAGUCAGAGUUUGAAUCGAUUGCAAAGUGGGUAGACAAGGGGUUGAGAAUUAUUGCAAGGAAGUUUGAUGUGUUCUCAAGGAUUGCAGCCAAUCAGAGGAACAGCGAAGAAAGGAGACGAAAGCAACGGGUGGAGGAAGCAGAACGAAACAUGACAGGCCAUCCAGUUUCUGAGGUUGUCUGGGGCAUGGAGAGAGCGAACAGGCUAAGACAGUGGGAGGAACUACAGCUAAGUAAGGAGAAGAGGUGGAGGCAGAUUCUUGCAGUGAAAGGGAUUGUUUCCUCGGACCGCAUCACCAAAGAUUCCUUCAAGAGAUUACUUCCACAGAGAAAACAAAUGGUAAUGUCAGAGUUAGCCCACCCGCUGCUGCCCAGUAUGCCAAGAGCUACAUCCUUGGACGACAUGUGCGAAUAUGCCAUGAUCUACUUCCAGGAUAUCCUUACAACAAGCCGCCAAGGAGAAAGCAUUGACACUGACAUGUCAACAUUCGCAAACUUGUGGGACAACCUGCAGGCAAAGCUACCGGAUCAUAUGAGGCAACAGCUGGACCGCCCUCUAUCGGAGGAGGAGCUGAGACACACAAUCAAAGCAAUAGCCAGGGGAAAAGCCCUGGGAGAUGACGGUCUCCCAAUUGAAUUUUAUGAAGCCUGUUGGGGUACACUGGAGGCAGACCUACUUAACAUGUAUAAUGAGAUUUUGGUGGGAGGUAAGCUUGGCUCUACAAUGACAAGAGGAAUUAUUACCCUCAUGUUUAAGAAAGGAGAUAAGUCGCUAGUCAAAAACUGGCGCCCUAUCUCCCUAUUAAACGUUAGUUACAAGAUCCUGGCUAAAUCCUUGGCGACCAGACUGGGAGCAGCCCUCCCGUUGUUAGUAGGUAAGGACCAGGGAGCAUUUGUUAAGGGGAGGUCAAUAUUUGAGAACAUAGUAACUGCUAUUGAAGUGUUAGAGGUAGUGAGUGAAGAAGACAUGGAGAUGACAGUCCUCCUGCUAGACCUGGAAAAGGCCUACAACAGGGUGAACUGGGCUUUUGUAAUGACUUCCCUGAAAGAAAUGGGUUUUGGGGUGUGCUUCUGCCGUUGGGUCAAAGUACUAUACACUUACUCCACAGCUGCAGUCAUGGUGAAUGGGAAGUGCUCUGCGGAAUUCCCGUUGUCACGCUCACUGAGGCAGGGUUGCCCGAUACUGCUGUUUGUUCUGCAGAUGGAAGUGUUAGUUAAUAGUAUAAGGACAAACAUGGUGAUUAAGGGGAUGAAACUCUCUGAAGAAAAGGAAUGCAAAAUCAAGGCACUAGCAGAUGACCUCAUGGCGGUCUGCACUAGCAAAGGGAACUCGUUGUCAGCCUUGAAGAACUGUUUGACGAUCUACGCAGAGUUUUCCGAGGCCGCAGUAAACUGGGAAAAGUCGGUCUACCUCCUCCCGGAUACGCAACAAAUUCAGAGAAAAGACGUCUGGAUAGCAAUAAUGUCAGAUGUGUUCAUAGGGAAAUGGAUCAACUCCAAGUUUUGGAAGGAGAUCCUGCAGGCAUGGCAAACCGUGAAACCAUCAAUCCGCGCUGCACCAACUUCGAAGCAGCAGGUAUUGGAGCAGCACAUCUUUGACAACCCCCAUAUCACAGACAGCGCAGGCAGUUCCAUUACGGCCCGGAGAGGCACAAGCAACUUUGGUUACAAGUGGAUCCAGAGAGGAGUGACGACGAUCAAAGAUCUGCGGAACGAGGAGACAAACCAGUGGCACGACCCCACAGUUUUGAAGGAGAAAUUGGGACAACUGCCUGCACAGGAGGAAAGGGUAGAGCAGAUUAAGGAAUCCUUACCCGCUGAAUGGAAAGCUCUGCUGGGCCCGAAGGGUGUAAACCCACCCGCUGAAUGGAAAGCUCUGCUGGGCCCAGAGGGUGUAAACCCACCCGGAACUUGGUUGAGAUCAGAGGAUGGUACAGAGAGGUAUUACAGACUCAAGAACUGGCACGACACAGUGGAAGGCAAGUGUGUGUUAGAAGUCUAUGAGAAGGAAUCCCUGGAGGCGCUUAGCUUGGUUAGUUUUGGAACAAUAGAGAGAUACGGGUUAAGCGGUCUGACAGAGUGCAGAGUGAGGGAAGGACGUCCUAAGCGAUUGACAGGUAAAGGGGCGCGACAAUUACCGGUAGUAGUAGGGGGUGGUAGGAGAUAUAGCACCCUGAGGAUCGACCCCGAAUCCUGGGGUUGGGAGAAGGAAGGGGAAGUAGUUAUAGGGUUAGACCACAUUGCGAGCACUGCCUGUAUACAGCCUGCAAGAAGGAAAGUUCUGAUGGAGAAACUGACAGACAGAUGGAAGAAAGCCAUUUUGAACUUAGAUCCACCCAAGGAAACGGAACUCCAGUCUCUUUGGAAGCAAUUUAAGGAGAUCCCAUCACAAAAGUUGGCCUCUUUGUUGUGGAUGCAGUCGCAUAUCGUGGUGCCCACUGCAAUGUGGUUACGGAACAGGGGAAUGGUGGAUAUAGAUCCAAAGUGUGGGAGAUGUGGGUGGCUAUAUGAAGAUGUGAAACAUCUGUGAUGGGACUGUCCUGUGUCACAGAGGAGAUGGAAGUGGUGGUUCUUCCACUGGAAGGAGAUCACUGGAAGAAAUAAAUUUGUGGAGGAGAG